GUUCGUGUGUGCACAUGUGUAGACGUGUGCACACCUGUCUCUAGGUGAACGUGCCUUUGCUUGCACACCCGCGUGCCCGUGGGUCCCUGUGUCCACCUGUGUCCAAGCCCCCUGUGUUUCUGUGUGUGCUCGUGUGUACAUGGAUGAGUACACAGGGGGCUGGGGAUUUACGGGGGGCAGUACUGGAGAGGCAGAGGUUCAUCUCCCAACCGUCCCCACGGCCCACUCACCUGCUGUGGGGUCCGGGGGAGAAAAGCCCUCCCCCAGCAGCAGCAAGAGACCGUGUGUCUGUCCUAGGUUGGCGUUGGGAUUGGUGGGGGAUCAGAGAGGCUCAGCCCAUGGCCAGAGGGGCCCAGGAGGGCUGCAUGCCCCCUGCCCUCCCCCCCCACCCCCCCGCCCACCGUCCCGGCCCCACCCUAGGGUCAGGGAUAGUGGGGAAUGACCUUGAAUCAUCCUCUGGUUCCUUGCUCUGCCCCUGCCCCUGCCCACUUACCAGAAAAGAGGAAGAACCAAGCUCAGUUAGGCGGCACCGUGUUCCCCACCCACUGAGUGACUGCUGGGGGCUGAGCCAGGCGCUUCCCCCCUCCCCACCAUAUGGCCCCUUGCUCUGUGCCCACCCUGUGCCUCCGUUUCCCUUUCGGGACCGUGGCGAGGCUAGAUUCUGUGGCGUCCUCGCUGAUGUUUCAUGGCUGCAACUGUACAAGGAAUUCCUGUGGAUAAAGACCACCUCCCCAGAGGGGCUUAGGGAGCCAUCACCCGGGACCCCCUAUGGGGAAGCCCUCCCCCUGUCGCCUCCAUCUGGCCCCGGCUGGAAGUGGUUCGUGGUUCGUUAGCAAUGGCCCCGGGCCCCAGCCUGGCUCCAGUCUGGGCUCUCCAGCUGGUCUCUGCCCCUCACCCAGGUGAGCCCCCGCUUCCUCUGUGCCUGGCGCCCCACGUUCGUCUCAGCCAGGAUGCCAACGAGGCGCUGGGCCCCAGGCACCCAAUGCAUCACCAAGUGUGAGCACACGCGCCCCAAGCCGGGAGAGCUGGCCUUCCACAAGGGCGACGUGGUCACCAUCCUGGAGGCCUGUGAGAGCAAGAGCUGGUACCGUGCCAAGCACCACGCCAGCGGGCAGGAGGGGCUGCUGGCGGCGGGGGCGCUGCGGGAGCGGGAGGCCCUGUCGGCCGACCCCAAGCUCAGCCUCAUGCCGUGGUUCCACGGGAAGAUCUCGGGCCAGGAGGCCGUGCAGCAGCUGCAGCCGCCGGAGGACGGGCUGUUCCUGGUGCGAGAGUCUGCGCGGCAUCCGGGCGACUACGUGCUGUGCGUGAGCUUCGGCCGCGACGUCAUCCACUACCGGGUGCUGCAUCGCGACGGCCACCUGACCAUCGACGAGGCCGUCUGCUUCUGCAACCUCAUGGACAUGGUGGAGCAUUACAGCAAGGACAAGGGGGCCAUCUGCACGAAGCUAGUGAAACCCAAGAGGAAGCAGGGCACCAAGUCGGCAGAGGAGGAGCUGGCCAAAGCCGGCUGGUUACUGAACCUACAGCAUUUGACGCUGGGUGCGCGGAUUGGAGAGGGUGAGUUUGGAGCGGUCCUGCAGGGUGAGUACCUGGGACAGAAGGUGGCCGUGAAGAACGUCAAGUGCGAUGUGACGGCCCAGGCCUUCCUGGACGAGACGGCGGUCAUGACGAAGAUCCAGCACAAGAACCUGGUGCGUCUGCUGGGCGUGAUCCUGCACCAGGGACUCUACAUCGUCAUGGAGCACGGCAACCUGGUGAACUUUCUACGGACACGAGGCCGGGCCCUCGUGAGCACACCCCAGCUACUGCAGUUUUCCUUGCACGUGGCUGAGGGCAUGGAGUACCUGGAGAGCAAGAAGCUGGUGCACCGAGACCUUGCCGCCCGCAACAUCCUCAUUUCCGAGGACCUGGUGGCCAAGGUCAGUGACUUUGGCCUGGCCAAAGCCGAGCGGAAGGGGCUGGACUCAAGCCGGCUGCCGGUCAAAUGGACGGCGCCCGAGGCUCUCAAACACGGGAAGUUCUCCAGCAAGUCGGAUGUCUGGAGUUUCGGGGUGCUUCUUUGGGAGGUUUUCUCGUACGGCCGGGCUCCAUACCCCAAGAUGUCGCUGAAGGAGGUGUCAGAGGCCGUGGAGAAGGGGUACCGCAUGGAGCCCCCCGAGGGCUGCCCGGGCCCCAUUCAUGCCCUCAUGGGCAGCUGCUGGGAGGCUGAGCCUGCCCGCCGGCCGCCCUUCCGGAAACUGGCAGAGAAGCUGGCCCGGGAGCUGCGCAGCGCGGGGGCCUCGGCCCCGGUGGGGGGCCAGGACACGGACAGUUCCCCCUCGCCCCGAGGCCAGGAGCCCUGACCCUGCCCCGUGGGGCCUCGGGCCCCAGAGGACAGAGUGGAGGGUGCGGGGUUGGGGGAACAGGCCAGGGCCAGCGAGCUGCUCAUGUGGCCCAGGUCGGGGGCUCUGGGCAGCCCGUGGACACCCGGGACCCGGGGAGGCGAGGGAUUAGCGCCUCCAUAAAGACUGGUUCCAAGGAC